GCCCAUGUAUUUUUCACGUACACUGCGCAUGCGCUUCAGAAAACCCCGCCAAACUCGUUCCACGUGGGUGAUUCAGUCGACGAGUGUAACGUAAUAACUGGUGUUCAGUCAUGGCACAGCUGGCAAAGAAAUUGGUAUCGGAGUAUGAGGCACUCCGCAACAAGAACUUGGCUGACAAUCAGGCUGUGUUGGCAAAAUUGAUGGAAGAUUUAAAGAAAAGCUUUCCACAAAAACCGCCACCAAGGAAGCCACGUACCUCCAGGAAGAGCAUCAGCGAGGGUCCCAUCAGGCGGAACCCCUCUCGCCAUGCUAGGAGUACCUUCAGCCUUGAUCCUCCCCGCACACGGGCCCGCAGGGGAUCCGUGUCAUCAACAGUAUCUUCUGCAUCAUCUUCAACAUCACCGACAUCGUCACCAGAGAAAAUGGUUGUGAGAUUUGGCUUUUUCCGCAAAGCUGAUCGUCUGGAUGGAGACAGUGAUGAGUUUGAUUCCAAUAUGGACGAGGACGAGCUUCCGGCCCCCGUGAGAAGGCCUCGAAUUGUUGUCGAGGAGAAAGCAGCAGAAGACAUCACCGACGAGGACCUUGACCUUGUGGCCAUGUUUGUCAGUGAUAAGAAGUAUGAUAGUUUUUACGGGUCGUCGUGUCAUCAGUGUAGACAGAAGACGCAGGACAUGAAGACGGUGUGCAGGUCUGGCAAGUGUUUCGGAGUCCGCGGACAGUUCUGUGGACCUUGUCUGAGGAAUAGAUAUGGGGAAGAUGCUAAAGAAGCUUUGAAAAACCCUAGCUGGAUGUGUCCUCCAUGCCGAGGGAUCUGCAACUGUAGUUUUUGUCGAAAGAAGGCCGGCAAGUCCUGCACGGGAAUCCUCAUUCAUCUAGCCAGGGAGAACGGUUACAGUGACGUCAACGCUUAUUUACAAAGUUUCAGGAAAUAAUACUCACAAGAAAACAAGAUGGAGAGGCAGCUAUGAGGGUCAAUGAAUGUGUUAACUUCUGUGUUCCUGAUGCGAGACUCAUGUUGGAAAUAUUGUGUAUGAUGAAAGAUGUGACAAGCACUCACUAACUGAUAUUCUGCACACUAC